ACACCCAACCAAGUGACUACUACUCUCUUCAUCCAAUUCUCAUGGCUACUGUUACAACCUUUGUGUUUCUACUACUCCUCUCUGCACUUUAUGUUUCUGCAGUAGUAGCAGCUCAACAAAUUAGGUCAUCCAACAUUAGCUUAGGUUCUUCUCUCUCCCCUCCUUCCUCCACCAAUUCAUCAUCAUGGCUUUCUUCUUCUGGUCGAUUUGCCUUUGGAUUUUAUCCACAAGGAAAUGGGUUUGCCAUUGGAAUUUGGUUUGCUCAAAUACCUGAACAUACUGUGGUAUGGACAGUAAACCGAGACGAUCCACCUUUGUCUACCAAUGCUACUUUGAACCUUACAAGUGAUGGUAGCUUGAUCCUGCAACCCACACAACAAGACCAACCAAAAUCUAUUGGUGAUGAUUCGAAGUCUGCCUCUUGGGCUUCCAUGCUUGACACAGGCAAUUUCGUUCUAUAUAAUUCAACCGGAAGUAUCAUUUGGCAAAGUUUUGAUCACUCCCCCACCGAUACCCUUCUCCCAGGUCAGCGGCUAACGGCAGGGCAGGAGCUGUUCUCUAGUUUAUCAGAAACCGACCACUCGACUGGAAUAUUCCGGCUCAAUAUGCAGCAUGACGGCCACCUUGUUCAAUACCCCAUUGAUUCUCCAGACACAGCCCCAUAUUCAUAUUGGGCCUCAGGUACAAAUGGGCAAGGAGACAACUGUUCAUUAAAUCUUGAUGCUGAUGGAUAUCUGUAUUUGCUGAAUGGUACCGGUUUCACUAUAAAGAAUCUUUUUUCUGGUGAAACUCCCAUAAACAGGAACAUUUUCUACCGCAUGACCAUCGAUGUUGAUGGGAUCUUCAGAGUCUAUUCAAUUGAUCUGGAACAGAAGAGCAGUUGGUCUAUUAGAUGGGUAUCAUCAACCAAUAGCUGUGACCCCAAAGGCAUUUGCGGAUUGAACGCAUAUUGUACUCUCAGGGAUCAACGGGCCGUAUGCAACUGUAUUCCUCGUUUCUUCAAUUACAUUAACGAGAGUCGCCAAAGUUUGGGUUGCCAACCAAAAUUAGAAGCUGAGAGGUGUGGAAAUGAAACAGAAAAUAGCAGCAACUCCAUAUAUAAAUUGGAGAACAUCUCAUGGGAAGAUGAUCAUUAUUCAGUUUUAUCAUCCCAAACUGAAGAAGAAUGCCAUGAUGCUUGUCUGGCAGAUGGUAACUGUGAGGCUGCAAUGUUUAAAGACCAGCAGUGCAGUAAACAGAAGCUCCCGUUGAGAUACGGAAGAAUGAUAGUAGAUACUUCCACCACUACUACCUUCACUUUUGUUAAAGUCAGCAGGAGUUGUAGCCCCAACACUCCAAGUGAUCAUAUGGGAACCAAAGAAAGGAAAGGCGGGCUAAGUACUCAAGGUAUCUUAAUUAUCUGCCUUACAUUGACUGCCAUUGUAUUUAUGGUAUUUGCAUUUUCUGCCUUUCUUGUUUACCAAAACCAUGUUUGGGCGUAUAAGAAGAUCUCAGAUCAGGAGGCAAAAAAUAUAGGAUUAGUUGAAGAGAUCGGACUUCGAUCAUUUACAUAUGGUGAGCUCGAGAAAAUAACAGAAGGUUUCAAAGAAGUGGUGGGUAGGGGAGCUUUCAGCACUGUUUUUAAAGGCACCUUAUCAAAUGGCAUGAGGAUCAUAGCUGUCAAGAAACUGGACAAAGUGUUAGAUGAAAGUGAGAGAGAGUUUCAAACUGAAAUGAGAGUGAUUGCCAAAACCCAUCACAGAAACCUAGUUCAAUUGCUUGGUUAUUGUUGUGAUGGUCCAAAUAGGCUUCUGGUGUACGAGUAUAUGAGCAAUGGAUCACUAGCGAAUUUUCUCUUCAAAUCCGAAAGGCCACCAUGUUGGAAUGAAAGGGUGAAUAUCGCUCUCAACAUAGCUAGAGGUAUCCUCUACCUACAUGAAGAGUGUGACACCCAGAUAAUCCACUGUGACAUAAAGCCUCAAAAUAUACUCAUGGACGAGUACCGAUGUCCAAAGAUUGCUGAUUUUGGAUUAUCAAAGCUGUUAAAGAUAGACCAAACUAGGACUCAAACUGGGAUCAGAGGGACCAGAGGGUAUGUUGCACCUGAGUGGCACCGAAACAUGCCUAUAACAGUAAAGGCAGAUAUUUACAGUUUUGGGGUCCUGUUUCUAGAGUUAAUAUGUUGUAGAAGGGGCAUUGAUAUGAAUGUUCCAGAGGAAGAAGUCAUCCUCACAGAAUGGGUCUACAAUAGUUUUGAGACAGGUGAGCUUCGUAAGUUGGUUGGUGAGGAAGAGGUGGACGAAAGAAGAUUGGAUAGGAUGGUUAGGGUCGGAAUUUGGUGUAUCCAAGACGACCCCUCACUUCGUCCUUCCAUGAAGAAGGUAGUCCUGAUGUUGGAAGGGACUGUAGAGGUACCGGUUCCUCCUAGUCCCACUUCUUUUCUGAGUACCAUGUAAUCAAGUCAAAGUUGUGUAAUCUUGAAGCCUUGUCCAUCAUUUGUUGUAACCUAUAUGCCAUUGUUCUGAGAUUGUUGUAUGAUUUUUAUAUUUUCAAGCCACCUAAUAGGAUUAGCUAUUUGUAAUCAAAUCUUUUUUUUUUUUUUUUUAAUAAGAUUAGCUAUUUGUAAUCAGGUCUUUUUUUUUCUUUCUUUCUUUGGGUGGGGAUGGGUUUAAAUAUUUGUAACCAAGUUAAAGUUGUGUAAUUUGUUAAUUUGAUUUGAUUUUUUUUUAUUUA